AGAAGUAGCAGCACUUUACAAUUCGACCAAGCAUGACGGCAAGCAACGCGUCGUCGGAUGGAGCGCUGGCACUGGGAAGUGCCUUUACGUACAAUGGUGGCACGGUCGAGCUGUGGAUGGACCCGCUGGGACUUGACGUCAAACAAGGCGGCGAGAAGACGCUGCAUGUGACAUGGCAAGAUGUGGUCGGGGCCAGCUCGAACAGCACCACCCUCCACAUCGGCACAUGCGUCAAGGACUCACACGGCCAUCGGCAACUUGAUACGAUUGUGCUUGAAGGGCCAGUUAGCGAAGACGUAGGGAAGUUUGCCAACGCGAUUCGAUACAUUGCGAAAUUUCACCACUUUCACAAGUCCUCGUUGCCAUCCAUCGACGACAUGGCGGACAAGGCUCCCCCCGCGCAGACGUGCCUUGUGCUAAUCAAUCCAGUGGGCGGAACAGGGCAUGCGCAACGAACGUACGACCACAAGGUGCACGCCGUGUUCGAAGCUGCCAACAUCGUGGUCACCAAGGUGCUCACAAAGCACGAAGCACAUGCAACGGACAUCGUCGAGUCGCUAGACUUGACCGAAUAUGCUUUUGUGGUGUGCGUUGGCGGCGAUGGGUUGGUGUCGGAAGUCGUGCAAGGCUUGAUGAAGCGACCAGAUUGGGUACAAGCAAUUCGGUUUCCCAUUGGGAUCAUUCCUGGGGGAAGCGGAAAUGGCUUGGUGAAAUCCUUGCUCCAUAUCAACCACGAAGAGUAUAGCGCUGUAAACAGUGCAUAUGCUAUUGUCAAAGGCAGCCCCCAACCCCUCGAUAUGGCCACUACACGAAAUGCCUCUUCCACGCGGUAUAGCUUCUUAAGCUUGUCGUGGGCGUUCAUUGCUGACGUGGACCUUGACUCUGAGCGGUAUCGGUUCAUGGGGUCGGCGCGCUUCACCAUGGCCGCAGUGAUCAAAAUGCUGUCGCUCAAGCGAUGGCGAGGUCGGCUGACGUACUUGGUCCCUGAAGGUGAAACCUCGUCACAGCCUCAAUCGUAUUGGGACAUGCACGGCAACGACGCUUCGUCCGCCGCCCCUAUCACAAGUCUGCUGCCUGCGACCAUGGGCGGCGACUUCUCGGAGAAAUGGGCAACCAUCGACGGCAACUUCAGCUUGUUUUGGUCGAGCAGCGUGAGCCAUCCGUCCUGGGACGUGCACCUCGUGCCUGGCGCGACAGCCAACGACGGGUUCGUCUACUUGGUGGUCGUCGAGGGGGUUGUAUCUGUGUGGACCAUGACCCGCGUGCUCCUCGGCUUGGAAACUGGCGCCCACGCGGCCCUCAAGUCGGUCCGUGUGAUCAAGACAAGAGCGUUUGAAUUGAAAGUGGACGACACCAACUUUCUGUCGCUGGACGGAGAAAGGUUUGCCGGCAACACGGUGCAAGUCGAGGUGCAUCGCGGGCUGGGUCGGGUCAUGGGUCUUACUCCAGCAUCGAGUAACUAGUUAAGCCAAUAAUCUAUAAUAUAUAUAUAUUACAUUGUGGA